AUGGCAACCACGGCAUCCUCCAGCCCCAUCACGGCAGAGGCCUGCCAGUCGACCUUCGAGCAGGUUGUAGCCCUGUCGCUGCACAUGUGGCCUGCCCUCUCUCUCGCCGUUCAGAACAACUGGGGAGGCCCCGAUUCGGCUGACAAGAGGGAUUGGUUUGCCGGCGCCGUUGUCGAGCUCUUCCCGACAUACACCAAGAUUUCUAACGGCCAGGCUGUUCCUGCCAACAAUGCCGUGGAGGAGCCCGACACAGAGUAUGUCGAGACCAUGCUGCUGCAGGUUAUGGUCGACGAGUUCGAGGUGAAUGUCGACGAUGAGACGGGUUUUGACGUCGCCGACCGUAUAAUUAAGCUGCGUGCCGAAUGCGCCAAGGGCAAUUUCGCAGCUGUCGACGACUUGCGCAAGAAGUGGGAUAGUCGUAAGGGUGCCAAGGUUGACGGACUUUACAAGAAGGUCGAGGGCGGUGACCAGGAGACAGACUGGGAGGAUGACAGCGAGGAUGAGGAUGAGGACGUUGACAUGGACGAUGCGCCGCAGCUCGUCUCCGUGCCAAAGGAGAAGCCGCAGCCAGAGGUCGACGAAGAUGGAUUCACAAUGGUCACGAAGAAGAAGCGAUAA